UGACGAAGCUGCCUUUAAUGACUCAUGCAUCUAUAUUUCCCAAAAUUGUUUCGUCGGUAGCACGACUACUAUUCCGUCAUUUCUAUUGACGUCUGAAUCUGCAUGUUGCAAUUCGGAGAACACUAUAUCUGCUAUGGAGAUACCUUUGAAAUUAUCAACUUUAUUUGCAUUCGUGUUUUUCCAAAUCGUCUGUAGCCAGCAAUGUGAAAUCCCAAAAGAAAGUUUGCAGAUCAGACAUAGAAUUGGUCAACUAAAGCCCAAAAACUACCCACAACGUAUUUCUGCAAAGCAAAAUUGUGUCUGGCAGUUUUCUGACGAUAUAUUUCCAGGACAGGCUUUGUUUAUAUAUGUAUCGGGCAUUAAUUUGGUUCUCAACAACGAAGCUAUCGCAGAUAUAACAAUAGGGGAAGAAAAUCCAAUUUACGAAAAGCCGAGAGCGAAUUGUAGACUUUAUGGAAAGAAUAUCACAGAUUUAAAUUGGAUAAACGUGAACAAGUAUUUCAUAGAAAACUAUGAACGUAAAGGAAAGAGUUGCAAUGCUUGGUUCGUUGACAGUCGACCUGUUCAAAAAGUAGUUUUUCGAUCUUUCGGUGUACAAAAUGAACCUUUUCCAUUUAAAGAAUUCAUGCUGGUUUACGAAUAUUUACCCGUAGAGAGCAUACUCCAGUCUGACACUACAACUGUGAAGAAUGAAACCUUUUCUACGCAUUUCACCUCAUUAGGAAUGUCUUCCCCAGGUGUUACAACCAAGGAUUACGAAAAAAUGACAGACAAAGUACAAUGUGGAAACAAUACUGCUUACAUAGUAUUGAUUGUACUUCUUGCCCUAUGCCUCUUCAUAAUUAUAUCGUAUUUCAUAUAUCACAUAUCAAGACAACGUUCUGCAAGACAAAAAGGUGUUCUUUCGUCAGUUUCCUCACCAAGAAUUCACGUUACCGCUAGUAGCACUGACACGGGUGUAAGAAUGGAGAACGCACCUGACUCAACAAAUCCUAACACUGAUAUUGUUCUGAGCGGAAAUGAUAAUCAUGCAUAUGCAAUGGCAGUAGAUCCGUUUGGAAUGCCAAUCACUUCCAGACCAUCCGAAAAUAUCAACGCGACCUCUACUUAUGCAACCAUAGGUAAUACGGUCGCAACUGGAAGUAAUUUUCCUAUACCAAGUGACAAUGGUCCGAUGUACGACAUACCGACCAACAACCGCGAGAGGGCACCAACAGCUAUAUCAUCAACAAGCAAUCCUACAGACCCCUAUUACCAAAUACCGAGUGGGAGAAUUCCCGACAAAAAUCCUCCAAGUUCAAAUGUUAAAGAUGUUUAUGCCAUUGUUCGCAAAGACAAAUAGACUAGAAACUAAUUACUUGGAUCAACGACGAUUCCUCAAUACUAAAAACUAUUCAAUAUUAUUGUAUGCUUUCCUAAUUAAUCUGAGUUGCUGUUUACUUUAUUCACAGAAAAAAACAA